ACUCCCUCCAUUUCUCUCCCGGAGAUAAAAGCAGAGACGCGGUUGGUGCUGAAAUCUUUCCUGCGUCAGUCUCUCUCUAUUCCUCCUGGAGAGAGACCCGGACGGAUAGGAGGAGGAUAUAAAGACCCAAACAAAUACAGAGCGUUCAGCCUGGCUCGGUGUCCCGCCCACCUCUCUGAUUGACAGCCUACAUGCUUGCAGCUACUAGGCAGUUUCAGUAGAAAUACAGCUUCUCGAACGGUCUUUUUAAUCAAGUUUUGCGUGUUUAUUCAUGUGACGGACAUCCAAACAAUCUCAAAAGCACAGCGAUAAAAAAUUACCACUAAAUUAAGCAUAUAAAUGUAUCACUAGCGAACACAGACAUAUUGUUCUCAGCUAGUGUGUACAAACACCACAAUGUUUUACUCUUUUAAACUUGUAGGUGAAACGAUAGGUGUGUAGGAAAAAUUGUCCCACAACACUGUCAAAUUCAAAAUAUUAAUAAUUAAAUCCCGCACACCAUCAAUCCUUGAUAAAAAUGUAUUGACACAUGCGUCACGUAACUAACUAAUUUGAACAGAGAAUUGCAUCCUAACUAAUUCACUUAUUGCCAGCAUUUAUGAGCACAGAUUAUCACUACAAAACCAUCGUCUUUCUAACACAUAUGCUCUCUUGUAUAUUGUGUUUUCAGAUCUCCCGCUUCCAUCUUGUGCAAUGUAAUUCAAAACUCACAAAUAUACUUGUUGCAAAAUAGUAUUAAAAUGAAAUGCGAUACUUACAGUUUGUUGGAUUCUUGUUUACUUCAAAACAAUAGGCACAUAGGUCAACAAUAAACAGUACAUUUCUUUCUGACGUCGGAAUAAUUCAGAAGCCCUGCAGAGAUGCUCGUUUUUCACAGCCUGUAUUACAUCGCAGUCUUAUUGUUAUUACGAUCUUAUCAUGAUUGUAAACAACUACUCCUUCAGAUCCCUUAGAGUCGUUGCUCUGACUGAAUUGCAGUCACUGAACGCCAGUGGGCGGAGCCAACGAAAUGAUGAUGUGCUGUGUCUUUCUCUGGGGCAGAGAAAGGGAGGCUGCAGACCUGGAGCUGGCAGUGCCUCGCUAAAUGAGAAGGGAAAGAAAGAUACGCUGGGAUGGGACUCUUUGGAUGAGGAGAUCAGUGCUGCUGAGGAGAAAAAACAUGGUCUCAAGAAUUUUAUAAAAAAAAGACUGAGACCCCGUCCAUCUAUGAUUCGCCAUGCUAAGAAAGAUGGCACUGCUGACCAGACUCAAAACAACAGUCUGGAUAGAAAGUUUCAGUCGAAACAAUCAGACAAAGGGUCCUCGAAUGGAGCUCGCACUUUGCCAAAGAAAUUAGAGGAAGAGAAUAUGCAAGUUUCUUCUGCGUCUGAAGAGGAAGGCGAAAGAAAAGCAAUGGACAAACAGAAGAAAAAGAAGAAACUAAAAAUUCCUAAUAUACUCAAAAAAGUGUCGUUCAAAAAAGAGGACAAUCGUCCGCAGCGUCCAGACUCGCUCCCUUUAAAACAAGGCGCACGUUUUCCAGAACCUGGAGAACCAACUCUUUCACCCACGCAUCCUCCUGAAUUUUAUGAUGGAGUGGCAAACACCCUGGACAAAAUCGCACAGAAACACAGCACAAAAAAGAAAUCUCCUGUUAGGCCAGAGCCAGCGUCAACUACAUCCAAAGAGGACAAAGAGGCAGUAGUUCAACAGCUAGUUCAGAUAUUGACAUCAGAGGGAGAUGCUAUGAAUGAUAAGAUAAACGCAAACCCGUUCCUUCGCUCUACCCUCACUCGCCUCUCCUACGCAUCCUUUGCCAAACUCCUUGACACGUACGCCAGUGAGAGCGAAGAAUCACCCCUUCCUGCCACAGGAAGUCCUACGCUGCGCCGCAUCGCCAUAACCAUGGAAGCGUCUCGACGGGUCGUCACGGCAACGGGAGUUCAGCGUUUGACUGGAUUUGCUGAACGCUACAUGGAGAGUUUUGCACCCUGGGUGAAGAGUCACGGAGGAUGGGAAAAUGUUGUUAAUUUGGAGGAGAACUCGGAGUACGAUUGACUUUGGUCACUGACUUAGGCCUUUUUUAAUAUGAACUCUGGAUCAUGUAGCACAGCCUCUAUGAGGAAAAGAAGAACUGAACAUCCAAGUGAAGAAGUGACACUACUGAAUAUGAAGUUUUUUUGUGCUGAUGUAUUUAUUCUUUUAUUUUUUUCUCUGUUUUAAGUUUUUAUUGUGGAGUUUUAUACAAAAAUACACACUGACAAACAUC